GUAAUCGUGACACUGAACUGUAACUUCUAACAAAAACAAGAAAGAAUUUCUUGUAGCUGCUGCAAUUUUUCCAGUUUUAAUCAUUUACACUUGGAAUUUCUGCACUCAGCAUGUCGCGUCGCAGUCAGGAUAUUCCCAUACGGCCACGAUACGGAUACACGGACGAAGCAGAAGGAGAAGAAGCCGCCACCAACCACAACAAGAUGCCACAACAAAGAAACAAUUGUGGAACGCCCGCAUCCUACUCUGAGAUUCCCUUCCUGGCACAAUACGCAGGUCCUGUGCCGGAUCACGUGCUGCAGGAUAUUACCCCAACGGCGAAGAAAGUACCGCCACUGGGUAGUGGCAACGAGAGCUAUGUGAAUUUGGACUCGGGUGACGAUGACAACGAUGAUGAUGACGACGAUGAAGACGAGGACGAGGAGCCGAGCAACAGCAACUCCAAGGACAGCUCCGGUGAGCUGAGCAAACCCUCAAGUCGCCCAAAGUCACUGCAAUCUACAUUUCCCUAUGAACUGGAGGGCGAAGGUGCCACCAGCAGCACGGGUGCCAUGCAUCACUUUGUGGCACACAAUCUGGAGUCCAAGUUGCGCGCUGCCACCGACAAUUCAAACUUAAACUCGGAGCACACAACACCAUCGACAUCAACGGCGCCCAUCUCGAGAUUUCUGCAAUCGCGUCACGUGCCCGAGGUGGAUGGCAAUGUGCUAAGCGACAUUGAGCUGGAGGCCCAAUAUUUGGCCACAUCGGUGGAUAAUCUCGUAGAGAAUCUCGGCAAUCUGUUGCACUCGAUCUCCUCCAUUACCGCAGAUAACGUUGAAGUUCACAAGAAUUCGGUAAAGAAGCUAACGGAUGCUCUCGAUGCCAAUAUCAAGUGUCAGUAUCAGUUGCUGGCCAAGACCGAGGAGAUCACCAAGUCGAUGAAACCCACCGAGCAGCUCAGUCAACGCAUACGGGAGAUAAAACGGCUGGUGGACAUGCUGGACAGCACAAUGUAGGAGGAAGCCGGCAGCGGAGGCGAAGGUGGAGGAGUUGGCGUUGGAGGCGUGGACUUCUCUGCUGCACUUCAUCAGCUGCAAUUUGACUCGGCC